CGUGAAUACUCUUCCAUGGCUGAGGUGAAGUUCGUCUUCUUUGCGGAUCUGUUUCUCUCUUCCCUGUCCUUUCCUUUCCAUCACAAAAUUCCCAAUUCCACAACCUCACACACACAUUCGCCCAGUAGUUGCUUCUCACAUCGUUCGGCAGAGCUCCAAAACCUCAGAUUACCCCUCUUGCUCGUCAAAAUGCCUAGCAAAUCCGGCUCCAGCUCAUACACCCCUUACACCAUCACCGGCAGUGGCACCAACAGCCAAGGUAAUAGCUAUGACACUCGCAGCCAACUAAGCGGCGAUGCUUAUCAUUACUCCAACACCAAUGGAUCGUACUACUACUCCAAUGGCAACGGCAGCACUUAUUACAACUCCGGCAGUGGAUCUUCCACCUACACUGCGCCCGACGGAAAUACUUACAAGAAGUAAGAGAUGGUGCCGUGUUCUCGGUGAAGACCGGUUGUGAUAUUAGCGUCGGGAUACUUGCCCAGCCUAGUAUUCCCCCUCCUUACGCUCAGUUACGAGUGACUACAUAUAGCGGCCAGUCUUUCCCUCUUAGAUUAGUUAGUUAAUUAAUCUCUUCCACCGCUACAACCAUAGGUGGUAGUAACGAACCUACUUACAAGAGCGGC